UCGAAUGUUAGGUUGAACAAACAGUCCCAUCCAGAAGGCCACCGUGAAAAGAAAGCAUCACCCGCCGAUCCCCAACGAUAGACGAUGAAGUUGGUUGUGUUUUUUGCCCUCAUCUGCUACGCAAUCGGUAGCGAAUCGCCCGGCUUCUUUAUCAAGCUGUCCAAGAGUGUGCCCCGCAUUGGACGGCGGGGCGAUUUGGAGAACUUUUUCCUCAAGCAGUCGAAAAGUGUGCCCCGUAUAGGACGGCGUGCCGGUGGAUUUCACAUGGCAGCAGUGGCCCCGCAAGAGGCCCACGGCUCGAGCUGGUUCGAGCGGUACAUGAAAACGGCCAAGCGUCCCAACGGUGGCGGUUCGCUCGUACCGGACGAUUUCGGCAAAUCCUACAAGAAAAUUCGCCCGCUCGAUCUCAACCACAUCAUCGACAUCCUGUCGGACGAUCUGUUCUUCGGGUCCGAUCUGAAGUUUAUCUCCUGGGAGGUGCUGGACGAAGCGCUGGAGGAAGAUCCGGAACUGCUGCAGAAGCUGGCGUCGCUCGCACGCGACAAGGAGGUGCAGCAGCUGAAGAAGCUGCUCGGCGAGCAGGACGAUGAGCUGGUAAAGUAUGUGCCGAUCGAUCGGAACGAGAUCAAUGGGGCCAGCAGCCGGGCGUACAUGUACCGGUUGGAUCGUACCGAUCCGAACAAGGAGCGGCUUGAGUAUCAGCAGUAAAGUUUUGGGGCGCUUUUUUAUAUCACGCGCUUCUUCUGUCUACUGCCCUAUGCUAAAUGAGGAUAAUAUAUAAAACGGGGACGCAGAAUGGAUGGAGCGGAAUCACUACCGGAUUGGGGCGUACGGAACAACGGGUGUAGUCUUUCAACUGUAUCUGUAUGUGUGCGUGUGUUACAUGAAUAAAGUUGUGUCGUGUGUUUUUUCAGUGCAAGAA